GUACUAGAGAAAGAAGAAUAAAGUUUAUAAUUCUUGGGAAAGUUCAUUUUACGAAAUAAUAAUGCAAAAUUCGGCUUAAAAUGGAAGGAAAAGAAAGUAAUACAUCCGCUCCUAUGGAAGGGCCGGCGUUGAGAGAGGGGGAAAAUUUGCAAGAGCUUGUCGAAACUCUGCGGGAGGAGCAAAGAAAAAUGCAAAAGGAAUUUAAUGCACAACGGGCGAAAAUGAAAGAUCUCUACUUACAGAAGGAGACGGAGCUGACAAAAUGUCAAGCCGAUCGUAAUAACUUGCAGCGCGAGUUAGACGAGCUGAAGAGUCAAUUUGUGGUUGCCGAUUUGAAGUCUGAAAAUGAGUUGCAUUUGAAAGAGAUGAAAGCGCAAGAGGAAAUUUCUUCAUUGCAGCAAUUAGUCCAAGAUACAAUUGAAGAGUCUACAAUUUUAAAGGCUGAGUUAGAACGGUUAAAGGAAGAAAGCAAUCGGCUUUGGCAGGAAAAUCGGGAAUUGCGGGAUAAUGUACAGCAACAGCAAACGGAACCCACUGGGUUGGCGCCGCAGCAAAUGUUAAGUCAAGUGAAAAAGACUUUGCGGAAAUUCGGUGGCGAAUCUGCUGGAAAUGUGCUGUCCAAUAGUUUCACCCAGCAAGAUAGCUUUGAUGACAACAAACUCAGAACUAGUAAAAGAGACUAUGCACAAGAGGAUGCUGAAGUUUUACGUUCAAUUGUUGUGCAAUUGCAAGAAGAAAUGGCUGUAUUGAAAGAGAAAAUUCGCGAAGCAGAUGAAGAACUACGAAAUUCUAAUGCAGCUGCAAAUGUCAUGCCGAAAGAAGAUGAAACGCCGAAGGACGAUACAUCUAUUAAUAAAUCAACUUCCAUAGAUAUCAAUGCUAUUACCUGUGAUGCUUGCUUACAAUAUGAGAAAAAAAUACAAGAGCUACAUGCAAAGAGCACUGAGGAUCAAGCUACCAUUAGUGCAAUGCAAAAGGCUGUUUCAAUGUCGCGAGAAGAUUUACAAAAGGAAGCGGCAUUGCGUAAAGACUUGGAAGAUCAAUGGCAAGAGAGACGUGAAGCUCACAAAACAGAAGUACAAAAAUUGCGCGAGCAAGUGAAAUCGAACGAAGAGCAAUUACUGGAAUUGCAACAAAAAUUUCUUGAUACAAAGGAAGAGGUAAUGAGACAGUUACAGCGCGUCACAGACGAUCGUGAAAUCGUCAACAAGCAAUUGGAAACCUUGCAGGCAGAUAAUGACUUUCUUUCGGGUCGUUACUUGGCCUCGUCGGAGGAAAUUGAAAGUCAAGUAAUUAAUUUGCCCAACACCGUUGAGGAGUUACAGGAAUUGAUAUUGCAACAACAAAACGAUCUCAUACAAGCGCGCGUGAGCAGCGAGUUUGAGCGUAAAAAAUGCGUUACUUCCCUGGAUGAGAUACAAAUUUUGCGUGAUCAGUUGGAAAAAAGCAAUAAUGAGCGACUGUCUUUCAAGAAAAAGAUGCAAGUAGACAACAAAUCGUGGGAGGAUCGCUUGACCGAACAUUUGCUGACUAUUCAAACGUAUGAAACAGCAAAGGCGACACUAGAAAGAAAGGAAGCUGAGUUGAAUAGACAGUUAUCGAAAUUUCGCGUUGAAGCAAUCGAAUUGCAGGACACCGUUGAAAAGUUAACCAAAGCGAAUGCGGAUUAUAAGACAAAAGUCAAAAUUUUGCAAGAAGAAUUAGCCACAAGUGAGCACGUGCAGAAGGAUUUUGUAAGACUGUCCCAAAAUUUACAGAUGUCAUUGGAAAAACUACGCAAAUCUGAUACCGAAGUGCGCUGGCAAGAGGACGAAGAUGUAGACAAUUGUCCCACAUGCAACACCUGCUUCACAGUAACAGUACGCAAAAUUCAUUGCCGCCAUUGCGGACACAUCUACUGUGACAAAUGUCUGACGAAGACCGUGCCGUCAGGCCCACGCAAAAAAAUUGUACGUGUCUGUGAUAUUUGCCAUACACUGCUAAAACCAAACACAGCGCCCUACUUUAGUCAGGAGCCGCUACCCACUAACUAGGCAACAACAUUCUAAUUCGUUUAUAUUUACUUUUAAGUACUUGAUACUGAAUUGCAAAUUAUUUAGAUAGUCUGACAAUUUAAUGUCUCAAAAAUGUAUCGUUUACUAUUACUUAGAGAAAAGAUAAUUUAAAAUACAAGAAUCGAAAUAUCGAAAUAGUUUUUGUUUCACGUUGGUAAAUAUUGUUUGUUAAAAAUUUGUAAAAAUUGUUCAAUGAAUCAUGUUUUAAAAUUAGUCUGUGUGCGUAAAUCGUAUGGUAAAUAUAUAUAUUAUAUAAAAAAAAAAAAACAAAAAAGGAAGCAGUCAUAUCCUGUAGCAGCUCCAUUCAUUGAAAGAGAAACAACUUGGUUUUAUUUUUGUUUUAUGAAAAGAAAAUUCUAGCAUUGCUAAUAAACUAUUGCCAACAUUAUACAUAUAUAUAUAUUUUAUUAUAUUAAAAACAAAACAAAAUUAUAAGCAUAAUUAGCAUAAAGUGCGUGUUGAAAUAAAACUUAAAAUAUGUUUAAACUCUA